UGAUUGAUUGGAGGUUACUGCACAAAAGCGGUGCGGUUCUUUGAGUGAGCCAUGACUACCAUGGAUGAGAUUUUGGAGAGGGAGCUACAUAUUGGAGCAAACAAAUGGCUAAUGACCUUGGAGAACAGACGCAGAUGGCUACAAGAGAUUGUGAGGGACAUGUCUUUACGGCUGCAAAUGGAGCCAGAGGUCGAAGGGGGAGCGAUUUUUCUGGCUGGUUGGCUGAAGAAGAAAAGUGAGGACAUGCUGGGGAUCAUCUGGGACCUGGAGGAGGGGCCGGAUCCUCGACUUGACGUCUGCAUCGAUUGGAGGAGAGCAGAUGGCAUCAUGUCUGUCUGCAAAACCCUCUUCAAUGAAGGUCGUGAUCUGUAUGCUCUUCUGGAAGACCGGUUGGAGGGCAUUAUUGACCGUGAGGACGAGCACGUGGCAAUAGAGGUAACAGCGCUAACAUCAAGACCAUCAACAACAUCAAUAAAGGGGUGCGACAACAACAACAUCAACAAUGCUAACAGCGGCGAUAACACAAGCAACAACAACAGCAACCAAAACAUCAACAACAACAACAACAACAACAACAACAAUGAUAAUAUCAACAGCAAUGACGACGAUGAUGGCAGUGACGACUUCGGAAGCAGCGGGGUUGACAGUGGUGCCCGUGCAGAUAUGAUCAUCAUCGAUAGGAUGCGGGAGAUGCCGCAAGCGGACGAAGGGGAGAUUGGGGUUGGUAUGGAAAAGGGGUUUGCUAUCUCCCCCCCUCUCAACGAUAGUGACGACAACGACAACAACAAGAACAACAACAACAACAACAACAACAACAACAACAACAACAAUAACAAUAACAACGACGACGACAACGACGACGACGGUGGCGAUGACCAAGGGAGCAGCGGGGUAGGAAGCGGCAUCCGGGCAUCUGAGAUUAUCAGCGUGAUGGGAGUGAUGCUGCAAGCGGACGUGGUGGGAUAUGGGGUUGAUAUAGAGAAGCGGUUUACUGCUUUUCCUCCCUCCAACCUCGAUACGAAGAUCUUCCUUAGGUUUGGCAGAGGAUAGGUGUAGGAUAGCUGGGGGUGAUUGAUGUUGCCCGGCCUGCAAUACCAAUCAUCAACGAGGGGCUGAUGGUCUUGUUAGUUGGCGGUGGGUUGUUUAGGUGUUAGGUAGCAGGAGGUCAUUCCUUCCAUGCGCAGGGAAGUAAUCGAUGCCCUCUGACAGUUUCACACGAUAAUGCAUAUUGGAUACUGGACUUGACGUCCAUACUAUACAACUCUUAUCUUUGACAGAGCUUUGCUUUUAGGCUUGAUUGAUAAAAAUCAUAUACAGCA